AUGACAAUGCAAAUCUCAAGUAAAAAGUUUGACAGAGCACCAAGCAUUCGACAGCUAUUUCCACCCAAAAAUAUUGAAGAAAGAAAUAGAUGUGACCCAUGUUCUGUUCAGUUCAUCAACCAUGAAUCUUAUACGCCAGAAACCAGAACCCAUCAGUGCUAUAGUUCAAAACCACUACUCUUAAAAGAUGUGGCUCCUAGCCCCAGAAAUUCCACAUCUUCUAUUCCUUCCGAUGCCAUUGAACAUACUGUAUCAAUACAUCAACUAGUUAAUCGCUCAAAUGCUUCUGCAGUUUCAUCAUUUCAAGUUGAUGAUCAAUUGGAUGUUGAGCACAUUAAUUCUUCGGAAACCCCCUCGAGUUCAUUUCCUGCCUUUCGAGAUAGAAUGGCAAUGAAUCUUCACAUGUAUUUACCCUUAUAUAGAGCUGCACUGAAAGGAGAUUGGGAGAAGGCCAAUGAGUUCCUAAAUUUGCAUCCUGGUGCAGAGAAUGCCAGGAUUUCAAGAGGGUGGGAAACAGCUCUUCAUAUUUCAGCUGGGGCUCGACGUACCAAAAUUGUGGAGGAGCUGGUCAAAAGAAUGGGGAGUACAGACUUGGAAAUUCAAAAUAAAGAUAACAAUACAGCACUUUGUUUUGCUGCUGCAUCUGGGGUUACCAAGAUAGCUAAGCUAAUGGUGGAAAGGAAUAUAAACUUACCUGGCAUACGAGGUAGUGAAGGGGUGACACCACUUUAUAUAGCUACAUUACUGGGCCACAGGGACAUGGUUUGGUAUCUCUAUUCAGUGACUGAUCAUGAGAUUCUAAAAACAGAAGACUAUUUUAGCCUACUAACCGCUGCUAUAUCUACAGAUUUAUAUGAUUUUGCCUUACAUGUAUUGGAGUGUCAACCACAAUUAGCGACUUAUCAUGGCUUGAAUGGGGAGACAGCUUUGCAUGUGUUGGCAAAAAGACCUUCAUCAUUUACAAGUGGCAUUCAACUAGGCAUCUGGGAACGAUGCAUCUAUCCAUGGAUCCAAGUCAACAUAACAACGGAGUACAAAUGUCAACCAAACAACUCGAAAUCCCAGGCACCUUCGACUUCUCAAGAUCUAUUGAUGACUGGACUCAGCCUGGCUGUAAAAUAUCUUGUGCCAGGAUUUGAAACGGUUCAGAAGAAAAAGAUAUUGAACUCACAGGCUUUAAAGUUAGUUCAACGUCUAUGGGAACUAAUAGUGUCAUCAGACGAAAUACGACAUGGAGACUUAAUUAAAAGCCCUUUGUCACGGCCCCUAUUUAUUGCUGCUGAAUUUGGAAUACCUGAGAUUGUAAUUGAGCUUCUUGACUCAUAUCCCGACUUACUUUGGAAAGUUGACAGCCAAAAUAGAAGUCUUUUUCACAUUGCAAUCAUGUAUCGUCAGGAAAAAAUAUUUAACCUGAUUUAUGACAUAGGGGCACAUAAGGAUCUGAUAACUGCUUACAGAGACAAUAACAAUCACAACAUACUGCAUUUGGCUGGAAAACUGCCCCCUACUGAUCAACUUCAUGUUGUAUCUGGUGCAGCACUGCAGAUGCAAAGGGAAUUAUUGUGGUUUAAGGAGGUGGAAAAGAUCAUACAGCCUCUAUUGAAGGAGAUUAGGGAUUCUGAAGGUAGGACGCCUCAAAUGUUAUUUACUGAGGAACACAAGGGAUUGGCCAGAGAAGGAGAGAAAUGGCUGAAGAACACUGCUUCAUCAUGCAUGCUAGUUUCAACACUUAUUACCACUGUGAUGUUUGCAGCAAUCUUUACGGUACCGGGUGGGAACAACAACAAUAAUGGCUAUCCUAUUUUUAUGAACACUACAUCCUUCAAAAUCUUUGCUCUCUCAGAUGCUCUUGGAUUAUUCUCCUCAGUAAUAUCUAUAUUGAUGUUUUUGUCAAUACUCACCUCAAGAUAUGCACAGGAGGAUUUCCUUGUGUCACUACCUAAAAGGUUGAGUGUUGGCAUUGCGACCCUUUUCUUCUCCAUCAUUACCAUGCUCAUCGCUUUUGGUGCAGCAUUUUUCAUUGUACUUGGCCAUCAAUUGGUAUGGAUUGUCAUUCCAACAACCCUUGUUGCAUGUAUCCCAGCAAUAUUGUUUGCCUUUUUACAGUUUCCUCUUCUUGUUGAUACAAUCUCUUGUACAUAUGGAGCUGGUGUAUUUGCUCGUUGA